GAAGUUCCCGGUGUUUGAGGGAGCCUCCGAAGGUAGUGGCUGAGGGCACCCUCAUUUUUAUAUCUUAGCAGAUAGUUCAUCUGUUUGUUUGUUUCUUUUUUUGUGCCAUCUGUUAGUAACCCCUCGGUUUUAACCCCAUACUGUUUUGCAGGUAUCCCAGUCAACAUGAUGAACGUCAGGGGGCUCGCUGACUUGAAGAAGAAAAAGUCCUCCAAGGCCCCGAGGGGAACGGAUGCUGGUGUCCCAAAACCCGCCGGUGACUCCUUUAAGAAGCCGGAGGGGCCAUCUGGCCACGCUGCUGCUGCCAAGAGGAAAGGCGCGGGCAAGGCUCCCGACAACAAAAAGCCCAAGACCGGGGAUGCCGGGAAGAAAAGUCCCCCAGUGGUCAUUGUCGACGAUUGCCUCGCCUCCGGGGUGCACGAGGAGAUGAAGAUGGCCGAAGUGCCGGGGGCGCCCGGGAGCUGUCUUCCGAGGUCCUGACGGUUACCCUCCCGGUUGGUACGGCCGUGAUGAAUGGCACGGCUGACCCGAGGGUGCUCCUGAGGGGUAUAACCCCCGAGAUUGACAGAGCAGCCCUCGGGGCUGAUGAUGAUCAAGCUCUUGAGGACAGGAUCCUCCGGUCUUCCCUCACGACCUGCAUUGCCCUCGGAGAGCAGGCCCGGAGGCUAGAGGAGUGGCGUCUUCGCAAGGCUGAGCAGGAUGCCAAGAUGCGGGAGCUCAUCCGCCAGAAUUCCGAUGCCAUCCGGCAGAUGGCUAUGCUGGAGGAGAGCCUUCGGCAGAUGACCCUGCGGGCGGAGGCCGCAGACCGGGGCAAGGCCGAGGCUGAAAGGUCCGCAGUUGUGGCCCUUGAGAGAGCUGCUAGGGAGGCCGAGGCCGCCAAGGUGGAGGCCAUCGAGAGAGCCCGAGGGGACGCCAUCUCUGGGUUCUUGGCAUGGGGUGGUGAGCUGAGGAGCACAAGCAAUGGCUGUCCUCGGUCGUCGAGUCCUCGGUCGACGAGUGGUGUGAUGGGCCCGGUGUGGAGUGGGUUUCCCGAAAGGGCAAGCAGUAUUAUGAUGGGGGCGAAUUUUUCACCCAAGCCCUCAUUUACCGGAAGAUGGCCC